AAAGUGUAGUCUGCUUCUAGCGUAAAGUACUUUUUUGCACAUCUUUAGAUCAUUGAUACAAUUAUUCCAACCGUAUUUUCGGCUGACCUCGAAUUUUGCGCCAUCAUUCCGUCAUACUACCUAGUCCCCAGUGCUUUAGCAAAAGAACGUCACAAACACUUGAGUAAACACAGGAAUACAUCUUCCAUCUAAUUAUUUUGGAUAGUUAGUCCCUCUUGAAACUUUAACGGAUUGAGAUACAUAUCUGAGACGAUGUCGAUUCUUAUGAAAUUUUGUUUUUGUGGCUGGUGGAUGAUCGCUCUAUGUGUUGCUUUGAAACCGGUUCAAGGUCAAGAAGCAGAACACUUUGCUGUCGGACCUCUACCCUCAAAUAUAGUGCUACCUCUGAAAUACUUUGAAGGAUUCCAUAUUAGAGCUGGAAAGUGCAUUAAAGAAGUUCCAACGAGCUCACUCUACCCGAAAGGACAUCAGGUUCCUCCCGGCAAUGGAUCAAAUGCAUUUCUCAGCGUAGUGGAGCGUUGCUGCGAAGGUUACAAACGCUACAAACAUGACCGACAAUAUUGUGUACCCAAGUGUUCGAACAAGUGCCAAAAUGGAUUUUGCGUUGCUCCAAAUGUUUGCAUCUGUUUCACCGAUCAUGUGCGCAAUCUAGAUAAUGAAUGUGUCACUACGUGCCCCAUAGGAUGCCUGCAUGGCCAUUGCCAUAUGAAUGGAACCUGCACUUGUAAUCCUGGUUACACGCUAGACCCGAAUAAGAAAUUCUGCGGUCCGGUCUGUAGUAAAGGUUGUGGAGUGAACGCAAACUGCACGGCCCCCGAGCAAUGCUCAUGCCUUCCUGGAUACCAGCUGAAUACAACUACGGGGUGUGAACCUCUUUGUAUUCCUAAUUGUGGAAAUGGAACAUGCAUUGAACCGAAUGUAUGCCGAUGUAAUGCAGGCUUUGUUUUGAAGGAUAAAACAUGUCAAGCCAAUUGCCCCAGAGGAUGUCAAAAUGGACGAUGUGUUGAAAACGAUAAAUGUGAAUGCGACGCUGGAUUCAAGUUAACUGGAAAUGGCACAAUAUGUGAACCAAUUUGCUCGAAAGGAUGCGUAAACGGAAACUGUACAGGACCUGAACAUUGCACAUGCUGGGCGGGAUUCGAGCUUAAAAAGGGAUUAUGUCAGCCAACUUGCAAGAAGGGAUGCCACCGGGGAGAGUGUAUCAAGCCAGACGUCUGCGUAUGCAAAGCUGGAUAUACAUUGAACAGUCGCGGUACAGAGUGUAAACCAGUAUGUGAAAGUGGAUGCCCAAAUGGAAGAUGCAUUAAGCCUAACAAGUGUGUUUGUAACUUUGGUUACAAUAACGUCAGUGGAGUUUGUGUGAAGUGGGAAUGGAAUAUGCAGACCACUCCUGCUCCUAUCCGCACGACUCAUGCCCGGCCGAUAUUCAACCCUGUCGUAAAUGUACAUCCAACAACCCGCACGCCGCUGCACACGACACAAGCGCAGAAAAUAAUCACGACAACGCUUAAACCAAUUUUCAACCCUCCGCUAAUUGUUAAUCCUCCAGCAAAAAAUCCGCAACCCGCAAAUCAAACUACGGUUCCGUACUGUAUUCGAAGCUGCUUGAAUGGACACUGUGUCGGACAGAAUAUUUGCAAGUGCAAUCCAGGAUAUGCAAUGGAAUUUGGUACGUGGUUCAGAUGCACUCCAUACUGCCCUGGAGGAUGCCCCAAUGGUCAUUGCACUGCACCGAACUUCUGCACAUGCAAUUAUGGUUUUGUUAAAAGGAAUGGAAUAUGCGUAUAUCAAUUUAGUGCAUUAAAAAUGGUUCGUAGAAAUAAGCUGACUUUCUCCAGAUUCAUUUGCUCCAUUUAUCCAGGUGCGAAAAUCAUGUCCCCCGAUGAGGUUUGUUGUGAAGGAUACAAUCUAACUGCUGAUUUUCGGUGUUUUCCUGUAUGCGAUCCGGCGUGUGGUAAUGGGAUUUGUAUCGAGCCGAACACUUGCCAAUGUUUGGCAGGAUUCACACUUGACUUGUCUGGAUCCUGUGUUCCUACCUGUCCCCGGGGUUGUGUCAAUGGGAUAUGUUUACCAGAUGGAACGUGCGAGUGCAAACCUGGUUACGCAUUAUCACAGAAUAGGAAACUUUGUCAACCGAUUUGCUCAAAACCUUGUUCUUUAAGCAUGAAUUGUACUGCUCCAGACGUAUGUGCAUGCCCCAGGGGGUACCUAGCAGAUCCAAACGAUGCUAGAAGUUGCAGGCCAGUCUGCGAGAAAAACUGUUUAGGAGGCGAAUGCGCUGCUCCCAACUCAUGCUUUUGCUAUGUCGGGCAUAAACUUAAAGAUGGUGUCUGUCAAGCGGAAUGUAAAAGUGGCUGUCGAAAUGGGAAAUGUGUCCUUCCAGACGUUUGUGUGUGCGAUCCUGGAUAUACCCUCAAUGCAACAACUGGGCUAUGUGAUCCAGUUUGCAAUGAAUGUGAGAAUGGUUACUGCAUUCGCCCCAACGGGUGUAAAUGUGACGAAGGAUACGUCAGGAGAGGCAACACAUGCAAACCGUAUUGUUACGAUGACUGCAUAAAUGGGUACUGUAUUGCACCGACCCAAUGUAUUUGCAUGGAUGGAUAUGGGAAGGAUCCGAGUGGAACGUGCCUGCCACUCAAUUGUAGGACGCGUUUCACAGAGAAGGAGUGCACAAUUUUUCAUCGAACUACACAGACGGGAGUGCAAAAAGGGAACGAUAAGAUUCUUAAAAUUAAUUAUUUGCGGGACGACAUUGCAACCUUGUCCCCCUUGUUGGCCUUCACACACAAACCAGAAGCCGCAACGGCCAUACACUUCUUCAAAAUGUUUCACUGUGAACAUCUGAGUCGAAAAGUUUUGCUUGCAUUCCACGUUAUUUUGUGUUUUCGCUAUGCAGUUGCCAAACCGGGCAUCGAUACUAUCCGGAGACAAUAUGGCAUAAGCGGUCUAUUAUCACAUAAUGAGACUAUAGUAGGCGAAAUCCACAAAAUUGAUACUUAUCCGAACGCUGUGACUGUGGGUGCUGAGCCGGAAAAAAAGGAACCAGAAUUACGUAUGGAGGAUGACUAUGAUUAUUCUGAGUAUGACGAAGCAAUGAGCAGGAGUUUGUUUCCGGUAAAUCCUGAACCGGCGCCUGUACAAAACCCACUUCCUUUUGGAAAAUGCCAGGUUGAAGUCUUGACAAGUACUUUGGUAAAGCCAAAUGCUCGUGUGCCGCCUGGGAAUGGUUCAAAUGGUUACUUAAGUAUCAUCCAGACAUGCUGCCCAGGAUAUGAACCCUAUGUUCAUGAUAAAAACCAAUGUGUGGCAGUUUGUAAGAAUCCAUGCAUCAACGGAAUAUGUGUUCGCCCAAACGUUUGUGAAUGCUUCCCAGAUCAUGUUAGAUCCCUAAGUGGUGACUGUAUUCCGACCUGCCCUAUCUUUUGUCUAAAUGGCCACUGUCAUUGGAAUGGAACUUGCACAUGCAAUGCAGGGUAUGUGUUUGACCCAAGUCAAAAAUUUUGUGUGCCAUAUUGCAGCAGACGAUGUGGAGAAUUGUUCAAUUGCACUUCUCCAGAAAUAUGUACUUGUUUGAAAGGUUACACUUACAACCACAUCAAUCGAAGGUGCGAACCUAUAUGUAGACAACCUUGCGGAAAUGGAGAUUGCAUUCGUCCGGAUAUGUGUUCAUGCUUCGCCGGAUUUAGGCUCGUAAAUAAUACCUGCCAGGCAAAUUGUAGUAGGGGUUGUGAAAGAGGACGAUGCGUCGCCAAUGAAGUUUGCGCUUGUGAACCUGGAUGGGCGCUAGAUCAAACGGGCGUAAGAUGCGAGCCACAUUGUCCACAAGGAUGUUCAAAUGGAAAAUGUUUAGAACCUGGAAAAUGCAUCUGUAAUGCGGGAUAUAAAAAUGAAAACAACAAGUGCGUACCACGAUGUUCCAGAGGCUGUCUCAAUGGAAGGUGUACUGCUCCCGACACGUGCACAUGUAGGCCUGGAUAUACAUUAAACUUUUACAGGAAUAAGUGUAAGAAAAUCACUCAUAGGAACUCAGAUCCUAUUUUCCAUCCUGUAGUUGAAGUUCGUCCAGCACCUCCACCUCCAAUUUUCAAUCCACCUAUUAUCGUUCCCCCUCCAUCGUACCCUCAGCAAUCAGCAUCAAAUCCUUUUCUAGUUGGUGGAGUUGCCAAACCAGCUAUUGUACAACCCCAAGUGGAAAGACAACCUAUUCAAAAACAAACCACGAAGAAACCGCUUUUUAGUGUUCCUUUGGUCGUGAACCCUUCCGCUCCAGAAAUAGCUGCCGCAGACAAAGGCCCAAGCAUCUACGAUAGACAACCUGCUUUCAAUCCGUUCUUUCAAUCAAAUCAGGACACGUCUUCAGUGAUGAAGAAACCAAACUAUCUGGAAAAGCAACCUGCCUUCAAUCCCAAUUUCACUGAAACAGCCCUCCAAACCACACAUAAGACUAUAACAAGUCCUCGUCGAACCACUCCACGUCCAACCAAACCAAAAGCAACUGCACUGAGAAGAAAUUAUGAAACGACGUCAAAACCAAGGAAAUCAUUAUUCUCCUUCAAUUUCUGGAGCAGUUCCAAAAACUCAACCGAAAAAAGCAAGCAAGGGAAGACAACUGCACCGAAGCCAACCUGCAAUAAAGCGUGUCUAAAUGGAAAGUGUACUGGCAGAAAUUAUUGCACGUGCAAUUCAGGCUACGUUAAGGCUGUGGGAAGCGAACACAAGUGCAUUCCUUAUUGUCCUCAAGGCUGUUCCCAUGGUACAUGCUCCGCACCAGGAUUUUGUACCUGCAAAUUUGGCUAUAAGAAACAGCAUGGUAAAUGUAUCAAAAAGUGAAUUAAUUGAUGAAAAUAAAACAAAUUAA